AUGGCGCCACAAGAGCGAACUCCUUGUUGCGAACAAGAGGACGAAAGCCAAUGUACAAGCAUAGACAACAACUUAUCAAACAUCGAUUUAAGCGGGAGUUUUGUGAAUAAAGGCUACACAAAUGACAGUACAGACAACCUUGCCAAUACGAAAAACGUCAAUUUUAAUGAAAGGACAAAAAAUAAUCCUCAGGAAGACAGUUCAAAGAAAGCUACAGACUUCGAUGAUUUGUUGCCAUAUGUGGGAGAAUUUGGAUUAUACCAAAAGAUUCUAUUUCUGUUAAUGAUACCAUUUGCAUUUUUCGUUGCAUUCGUUUAUUUCGCGCAAAUUUUUAUGACAAUUGUUCCCGAACAACAUUGGUGCUGGGUUCCUGAAUUGGCAAACUUAACAGUAGAACAGAGGCGCGCCCUAGCUAUACCCCCAAAAUCAGAUGGGCCCUACUCACACGACCGAUGUCAUAUGUACGUUGCUGACUGGUCCAAGGCUCUGGCGCAAGGAAGAACGACACCUGACGAUGAGUGGCCGAUCGUGACUUGCACCAAUGGCUGGGAAUACAAUAGGAGUGACGUUCCUUAUGACACCAUCGCUUCUGACUUAGAUUGGGUGUGCGAAAAGGACAAUCUACCAGCGACUGCUCAGGCCAUCUUCUUUUGUGGGGCCAUUGUUGGUGGCUUGGUGUUCGGCUGGAUUGCUGACAAAUACGGCAGGAUUCCGGCUUUAGUAGGUACAAACAUCAUGGGUUUCACCGCCGGCGUGGGCACUGCGUUCUGCAGUAGCUUCUGGUCAUUCUCUGUGUGCAGAUUCCUGGUGGGCCUCGCCUUUGAUAACUGUUUCACCAUGAUGUACAUACUGGUUCUGGAAUACGUUGGUCCGAAAUGGCGAACGUUUGUUGCGAACAUGUCAAUCGCCAUUUUCUUCACUCUGGCUUCGUGUCUCCUACCCUGGAUAGCGUUGUGGGCAGACGACUGGAGAAAGUUCGCUCUGUGGACCAGUGCACCAUUUAUUCUAGCACUGGCUACACCUUGGCUAGUGCCAGAAAGUGCUAGAUGGUUGGUCUCGCAAGGUAAAAUAGAUAAAGCUCUAACAAUUAUGAAGAAGUUCGAAAGGAUAAACAAAACAAAAAUUCCUGACAAAGUAAUCAGCGAGUUUACCGAAUCAUCUCUAAAGACAAUUAAAGAAUGUGAAGCCGAAUCACGAACCUACUCCGUCUUGGACCUCUUUAGAACUCCUCGUCUUCGGAAGAACGCGAUCCUCCUUAUCGUUAUCUGGAUGGCCAUCUCCCUAGUCUUCGACGGACACGUGAGGAACGUGGGCACUUUGGGCCUCGAUAUAUUCCUCACGUUCACCAUCGCCUCAGCGACUGAGUUACCAGCUGACACGUUCUUGACCGCUGUACUGGAUAGAUGGGGCAGAAGGUGGCUUGCCUGUGGUUCAAUGGUCAUCAGUGGUAUAUUCAGUCUCCUUGCUACAGCGGUUCCUGUAGGUGGUCCAUCAGCCUCGAUGGCGAUCAUGGGCCGGUUCGCCGUGAACAUCUCCUAUAAUAUCGGGCUACAGUAUGCGGCGGAAUUGCUGCCAACUGUGGUCCGCGCUCAAGGCGUAGCCUUGAUCCACAUUAUGGGUUAUGUAGCUUCCAUCAUCGCGCCUUUCGUCGUUUAUUCGGCCAACGUCUAUCAAGAGUUGCCACUUCUUAUACUAGGAGUGUUGGGAGUGCUCGGAGGACUGCUCUGCCUCUUCCUGCCCGAGACCAUGGACACUGAGAUGCCUCAGACCUUACAAGAUGGGGAGAACUUCGGCAAAGAUCAGAAGUUCUGGGACAACCCUUGCUUCUCCAGGAAAACCGAUGAAGAAGAAAACCCGGAGCGUUAUAUAAAACGUGCGUCACUCUCAACAAACCAAACGGAGCCGACAAACUUCGUGAGAGCAAUGCCGAGCGCGAUCAGUUCAAGAGCCUCCAUCAGAGGCUCAGUACGGGCCUCCAACAGAGGAUCAAUACGACAGAGGGAACCUAGCAGAAUCAAGGAAGAAGUAUAA